AUGUUGAGGAUAAUUCUCGUUUCACUGUUAAUAUCUUUAACGCACGGUGCCACUUGGAAACCAACUAGUUGGGAACAUUGUCGCACCAAUUCAGACUGUCCUAAUAUUAAACAACAAUGUUGUUCCAUUACGCCAUCACUUGGUAAAAGACAGGCUAUGUUUCCUGUCUUUGUGAAAUAUUGUCUACCUUAUAAAGUGGAAACGGCUCCAUGGUGUGAACUUAGAUUACAGUACAAUUCAACCACACCUAAUUACCAUGGAUUGUGUCCGUGUGCACCUGGUUUAAGAUGUUCACCAUCUACUGAACUGAAUAAUGAUCAUUAUCCUAGAGAAAGAUUUGGUAAAUGCAAACCAAUAGCAUAA